UGUCCCAACGGUGUUCACUGUGCUUCGGAGACGCACGCGAAAUUCCACGCAAAUCGUGUAUUUUGCUCACAGCAGUAGUUUCACGUACUCAGCAGUUUUAGCUUCACCAACAAGUGUCGGCACUUUUCACGAAUCAAAACUGCGUGUGGUAGUCGCGUGCGCUCAACGGCUUAUCGAAAGUCCGUCUUAAGAGGCGUUUCGGCCCAAGCAGUCCUGGACUAGCAGCCGUUUUUCCCAGUGAGCGGGCAGAGUUUGUUCGAGCCGGAACCGGAACCUGGUGCCGUUGGCGAACAAAUUGGCAAUCGUCGUUACAACUUAACAGUAAAAGUAGUCGACAAAGGCCGGAAGCUUAUCCGUGUUUGUGGCCUAGUUCGUGUACCUGUGGCAUGUGUAAAAUCGAUCAUUAAUUCCUAAGCAUUUCCUGCACCCGACCCGUUCGUUUGUCCUGCAUGAGCAUUUGAUAGUUUUAAUUAAAAAAGGAUCGCUUUAAGCGCAAAAGUUCGACAACAGUUCCCGGCACGAAACCGUUGCUUCACUGUCGUGACCAAAAUUCAGCAUCACCACUGGGCUCCAUUUGUGUGUUCGUUGCAUUAACAAGUCGGGAUCAAAUUUCCAUCGCACACACCCGCGUCCUCAUCCCCAACGUUAUCAUCUUGUACCGUAACACGAAGCGCCAACCACGUCACGAUGAAAGUCGACAUUCAAACCCCUGUCGAACAUAUCCCGUCGAUCGGCGGCAAAGCCGUUACAUCCACUCAUGAUACUCAUAUAAUGGAUGAAACAUGUCUAAUGCUAUCAACUUUGCUGACAAGAAGCAUGGCUUCAAAAGGCUUGGCCGCCGGCGAGACGGAGCUGUACGAAAUCGACCGAGAUCUGUCGAUUUCGGUAAUCACCGAGGCGGACACUGAGGAAGUUUUGGAACUGCUGAAACGAUUGUUCUUCAAGGACGAGCCCCUCAAUACGUACGUUCAGCUCGGCGAGUGCAAGGAGUUGGAGAAAUACUGCACCAAGAGCAUCCAUGAGCAGUCCUCCUUCAAGGCGGUGAACUCGCGUGGCGAAAUGGUGGGAGUGAUUCUCAAUGGCAUGAUCACGAAACCGCAACCGGGAGACGAACCACCGCCGAAACUCGCGGACAACUGCUUGCAUCCCAAGUUCCGGAAAAUCAUGGCCCUGAUGGACUACAUUGACGAGCAGUUCGACAUAUUCGAGCUGUACCCGGACAUCGACCGACUUCUCGACUGCAAGAUCAUAUCGGUCGACACGCGGUACCGCGGCAUGGGGAUUGCGGGCAUGCUGACCGACCGGACGCUGGACUACGCCACGCAGAACGGUAUCAAACUGCUGCAUGUCCUCUGCAGCAGUCACUUCUCGGCGCGCGUCAUGGAGAAGAUGGACUUCGCGGAGGUUUACCGCCUGGCGUACGCCGACUAUCGAGUCGACGGCGAACAGGUGUUUGAUCCCGCGAAGCCACACGUGGCGGUCCGAAUUCUGACCAAGCGGUUAGAUUAACAACCUAAAGGGCAGACCAUCGUCAACGAUGUUGGUGUGGUAAAGGAGUAUUCGACUGGGUAGCAUUUUGGGUCACAGCACAAAAGUUCUAAACCGAACCGACAGUUCGAAGUAAAGUGUUUUGACUAAACUAUCGCAUUGAUGCGAUGUCAAUUAGUAUCAAUAGUUUAAAAGCACAACAUUCGAUGCACUCCACUGGAGAUAACACAACAAAAUUCGUACGGUUAUAAGACAAAACCAGAAAAUAGUCAUUCAAACGUGCUACUUGUGAUAACGCUUGUGUUUUAAAUGUGCUGCAUUUGAUCAUGAAAGUGGAUGUAACCUAUCUAUAAAACCUUAUGUGGUGAUGAAAUAGUCGCAACAAUGUUGCAAAUGUAUGUGAACUGUAGUCAAACAUUAUUUUAUUUUGAAUAAUAAUAAAUAUUAUAAUUAAUUA